UAAAUAAACUAAUUGAUUUCUUUGUUAGGAAUAUUUUAAGAUUUUAUUCAAAUUAGAAAGAUAUAUUGUUUCCAAUAAAGCAAAAUAAAAUUACUAUCAAAAAAUAAAAUGUCUGAAGUUAGCCAUUUCUCUGACUCAAGGAGAUUAAAUUAUGAAUCCAAGCUUCUUAGCGAAAGAUUAGAAAAGCAAUAUCUUAGAUAAAAGAUAGAUAGUUAAAUUAACAGCAGAUUCAUAAGUUCCCCUGAAAGAGAUCGUGAACAAUAUAGAUCACCCGUUAGAGAUGACAAUAGAAGAUAUUUAUCUCCAAGCACAAUUCAUGAAAGAUUACUUUCUAAUUACAGUAUCUCAAAUAUUCAGAGAAAUAAUUAAUUUUUGGGUGAUUCAAUUAAGAGAUUAAAUGCACAUUAAAAAGGAUAUUCUCUUUACUAAAGCCCUAAUAAGGUUGCUUCUACUACUAGCAACAAUCCUGACUAUCAAAGAAAUGUUGAAACAUUUUUAUAAUUUGAUAUGGAAAGAAAGCAAAGAGAGUAACGUAAGAGAGAUAUAAUGAAUAAAAUAAAUGAAUUAAAUAAUAAAUUAUAAUCUGAAUCAUCUUAUGUUUCUCAUGCAAAUGCUUAUACUUCAAAUCUUGGUGUAAGCACUUCCCAAAAUAAUUUACACACUUAAAACAGCUACACAUCUCCUGCUUCUAGAUAUGAAAAAAUUAUCACCUCUAAUUCAUCUAUUGGUGGAUCUCACAUCUAGUAAUUGAAUCAGCCUUCUUACUAUCUCACAAAGUAUGAACAAUAAUAGCAAUAAUAGUAGAAAUCUGAUCAAGUAGCUGAAAGAACUUCCCCUAAGCUUGAAAGCUAGCCUGCUCCAGAAAAUGUUUCAAAUUUAAAUACUAUUACUUCCCCAAUUUCUCCUCAUGGGGCUUAACUUUCUAGUAACUUAAGAUCUGAAACCUCUCCUAAAAAUGAAUAAAGCAAUUUAACUAGUUCAAAUAAUGCUACUUUACCUGCAAAUAGCAUUUCUGAUUAGAAAUAUAAAUAAGAAAUUCAUAGAUUAGAAAGCGAUAAUUCCUCAUUAAAAUAAAAGCUUGAUUAAUUAGAAAAAAAUCAUGAUGAAAUAGUGCAAAAGUUAAAAGAAUAAAAUUCUAAAGAGGCUGAUUAGUACAAAUUAGCAUAUGAAGCAGAAAAGAAGAAGAAUGAAGCUUUAUUAGUUUAAUGCCAAAAGUUUGAAACCAACAUCAAAUAGCAAAAUGAAGAAAUGUCUUAAUCUCUUAAAUAAAUUGAAUUAAGUUAUAAAGAAAAACUAAAAUAAUUCGAAUCCCUUUUGUCUGAAUCAAACUCUAAAAUUUAAAAUUUACAAACUCAAUAUUUAGACGAUCCCCUAAUUAAAGCAAUUAAGGAAAAUCCUUAGAUUUUAGAUUUGAUCACAGAAAAAUUAAAUGAAGAAGAAGGAUAAUCAUAAGAUCCUUAAAUAGUUAAGAGAGUUGCAAGUCUUGAAAAGCUACUUGAAAGAAAAGAAGAAAUCAUCAAAGAGCUAUCUAGAAACAAUGAGUUAAAGGAUUUGGAAAUUAAAAAAAUGGAAGAGUUAAUAGAAAAAUUCAAAGCACUUUUCUCUCAUAUGAAUGAAGAAAAAGAAAUCUUAACUGCUGAAAACGAUAGAUUAAAUGAUGAACUUGAAUAAUACAAAAGUUAUAUUACUAAAUUGAUGGUUUACAGUUCAGGUGGAAAGAAGGAUGAAGAAGGAGAUGGAGAAGUCGCUGAAAGAUAGGAAGAAUAUGAUGAUUAAUAAGAUAGAGAAAACGAAGCUGAAUAAGAUUAAGAUGAUGAGCAAUAGUAAUAAUAAUAGUAAGAAGGCGAUGAUCAAGGUGAAGAAGAGGAAGAAGAAAGAAACUAGGAAGGUGCUAAUGAUGAAGAAUACUAAUAAGGUUAGUGA